UGGCAACCCUUGAGUCAACAAGUUGUGUCAUUCUUUGUUGACCUGUAGGCUACUAGAAAUACUUUCGGUUCACCAUGACUUUCGACUUUAAGUUUCUCUUGACAGUGGGAAAGUUGAGCUCUUUAUAGAGUCUUGGUUCUUAUGUCUGCUAAAAUAUUUUUAUAUAUUCAGACUUCUCGUUUCCGUAGUAGUAACCCGAGUUAGCAAUAGCCUAUACUUGACAUGGAGUUAGAUGUUGAGUGCGAGUUUGACUCCACAUGGGAGGAUGAAUACGAAUAUAAAACACCAAUCAAGAAGAUCUGCAGAAGGAGUCGCAGGAACAUGUAUGCUGCAAAGGACAUGCAAGACUUUCGGCAUAGUGUCCGGAACCUUGAUAAUGAUGAUGAUGAUGAUGAACCAGGUCAAAGCCGCUUCUAUAACCUGGAGUUUUACCAAGGUCUAAUAAAAUCUUCACCUGAUGACUUUCACAUUGACAAAUUUCACAAGCAGUGGAAGGGUCGAUAUGACAAACUGGAAAACUGUCACUCCUACAUUCAGUGGUUGUUUCCAAUACAAGAGCGAGGGAUGAAUUGGAGAGCACAUGUGCUCACAAAAAAGGAAAUAAAGCUUUUUCGUAAAGAUGAAGCAGCAAAGAGGAAAUUGGUGGAAUCAUAUAAGCUCAUGCUGGAUUUUUAUGGUAUACGUUUGGUCGAUGAAACAACAGGAGAGGUGAAACGUGCCGAUAACUGGAAGGAACGCUUUAAGGACUUGAACAGAUAUUCACACAACAACCUGCGCAUCACACGCAUCCUGAAGUGUUUGGGGACUCUAGGAUUGAAGCACUACCAGGCCCCACUGGUCAGGUUCUUCCUCCAUGAAACUCUUGUUAAUGGACAACUUCAGCAUGUGAAACAAAGUGUAUUAGAUUACUUUAUGUUUGCUGUGUUGGACAAGUCAGAGAGACGAGAGCUGGUUAGAUUUGCCUUUGAGCAUUUUAAGCCCCGGGAACAGUUUGUCUGGGGCAGUGGCAGAUUUAGGCAUGGGCGACAUAAGCAAACGGCAAGGGUGGAAUCUUGCCAGGGGCGUGCAGGGCGCCCACCCCAAAAAAAACAAAAAACGGAGCAUACAUUCAGCAUUAAAUCUCUCAUAUGCACGUCACGACGAUGAUAUCAUGUCACCUUGUGGGCCAAUUAACCAGGGGUGCGUUUCCCAAAGCCAACCAUCAUCACAAGUUCCGUCGUUACCAAUAGAAUUCAACAGAAGUUGCGACCAUAGUUGGUUAACGGUGCUUUUGGGAAACGCACAUCAGGUUGGGACUGUGCAGAGUGGGCAAACUACCAACAGAAUUUAGGCACAGAUAGUGUUAAUCUGUUUUUUAUUGUGCAUUGUUUAAAAAGAAUCUGAGGCAGGCUGUGUUGAGAAGUUUGAUGAAGGGCUGUAGAAUGCCCAGACCAAUCAAAAAAUAACACCAGAAAAAAUGUUAGUAUUCUUCUUUCAUUAGCUGAAAGUAACAGUGCAGCACGUUACACAUGAGGCGGCUUCAGUCUUGCGGAAAAGCAUAGGCUGAUAAUCACAUGAGCAAAAACAGGCAGAAAUAUUUGCAUGCUAUCAUGGUGUGACAGGGAGUUAAAUGUAUCUUCAGAAGUAAGUAUCUUCAUAUUUACUUGUAUGAAUAUGCAUAGCUCUGACUUAUUUUAUGAUGUCAUUUGGCCACCACUAAAAUGAUUUAUACCAUUACAAUUAACUGAGCAGUUAAAAUAUGCUAGAAAACCUUGCCCAUUUAAUAACCCCUCUGGCCCUCUUCAGUCAGUUCUGACCCAAAUUUUUUUUUAGAAAUGUUAGAAAUCAUAGCUUCAUCGAAAUGAGAUGACACUUGGUGACUUUUGUCGCAUUAGCAAUAUGAACAUCAAGGACACGAUUCGGACAUGUUAAAGGGUCGUAAAAAAAAAUAGUCACACUUACCUUAUUUGCGGUCAAAAAUGACCGACAUAGGAAAUGAAUGGGAAAUACGAAAAAAUACGAAAACUCAAGAAUCUUUUGUUGGUACAAACUACAAAAAAAGUGCACCGCAAUGAAGAGGUGACACUCCUAAAUGCCAAGAGCGCAAAACAGACACACCCAACCCCCUACACCUCACUUACACACAAUCACAGACACACACACACAUAACACACCAUUAUACACACACAAAUGAACUGGUGUGGCUGUAAUAAUAUGGUAAAAUUGAGCCAAAACUCAAAUAAGAGGUUGGAAUCAGAUCAGACCCAGAUUUAUGUAAUAAAACAUACCUGUUUAUUUUUUAUAUAAUUUUUAUUGAAUUUUGAUGUUAUGUGUAACAAAAUGCCCUCUUCUGUGUUCAGAUUUGACUGUAGUAAAA